CGCUUGCCGUACCAGCAUGAAGAGCUCCUCUGCCUUCGCCACCGGGCACAGCGGGUUGCAGCAGGUGGGAAGUCCAACGCCCUUGACUGCAGCACGAGGCCCCUUAGCCGCUGACGCCGACCCCGCCGGGCAUCCCCGAGCCCCGUGAGGAGGAGGAUUCCCCGGCAAGAGCAGCGUCAGGAUGUUCCUCUUUGCCCGUAAAACCAAGACCCCCAUCAGCACCUACACAGACUCCUACAGGCCACCCAACAGCAUGAGGAAAACCUUCCAGGAGCCUCCCAUGACGCUGGUGAAAGAGAACAAGUUUGUGACAGAGGGAUUAACGAUGCCCAGAGUGGAAAAUCCGGUGAACCAAGCUCACCUGGAGAGGAUGAUCAAGCAGGCAGUGCAGGAGUAUUCCUACAAGAGCUCCAUAGACCCCACCGCUUAUCGGCCGGACAAGUACUGGAUAACCAGGCCCGAAGAAACGUACAACCCCAUUUUUGUGAAAGGCGACCGGUACGCGACGUGGCGGACAGGACCCUACAACAGUGCCAGCUGGAACAGAUACACCACCUACCUGCCCCGGCUGCCCAAGGAAACUGAAAUGGAGACCGUUCUCCGGGAAAGAUACCCUCCGAAGCCCGACCAGCUCAACAAUUAUGAACGGGAAGUCAUCAUCAACAUGCUGAACAGCUUGUCGCGGAAGCAGCUGCCCUCCCUCCAGCACCAGCACACGGUGCCCGGGAGGCGCCCCUUCCAAGGCUACUACAGCCCGUGCACGGGCCGCCACUACUGCCUGCGAGGGAUGGAUUACUACGUGGACGGAGCCCCCAACGAGAGGCGGCUCAACCAGCUCGUGGAGAAGAUUGAGUAUCCCAUACUGCGACAGCCGCCGGGAAACGACGUGCCAUGCACCUUUGCACAACCCGCCGCCAUCAUCCCCGUAUAUGAACCUUAAGUGGGACACGAGCCACUUCAAGAAGACAGGAGCCCAGCGGGGCAGCUACGUCAUUCAUCCCGAAUUUGCGUCCGAAG